UCAGCUCAUCUUCUGCAACUCUGCCAUUAACGCCGGACAGUAAGGUCGUCAGCCAUGACCAACCGCCACUUGCUUCUCGUUUGCUGCCCAGCCCAGGGCCAGCUCAACCCCACUUUCGAGCUCGCCAAGCGCCGGACGCGUCACUCUCGCCACCACCUUCCAUGCCCUCCGUUCAAUGCCCACCCUCCCUGAAAUCGAUGGCCUCUCCUACGCCGCCUUCUCCGACGGAAACUUACCGAAGGACGUUCCCGGCCGGGUGAUGGACGAGCUGCGGCGCGCCGGGAGCAAAUCACUGGCCGAACUGAUCACUACCCUCGCCGACGAUGGCCGUCGGGUAACGAAUUUUUAUCUUCUUGUGACCACUGGCACUAGAAACCACUGCAUCAGCAAGCAAUUGGCGGUCUGUGCUCCAGAAAAUAAAAAGAUAAAUAAAAUGAUGGGUUUGUGUUGUUGAAAUAUUAAUUAUCGGGAAUUUGCAGAUAAACAUGUGAGGGAAUAGACAGAUAAGGUAAGGAAUGUAAUUUAAAUAUAUAUACACGUGAAGCAGCUUUUUGCAUAGAAUCCGAAUUCUUUUAUUUGAUUUGAAUAUUUAAGGAAUAUAAAAUAAAUCAUAAAUUAUUUAUAUGACAACGUGUUGUGGAAGUGAUCGAGAUCCGCUCAGUUCGUCACGCCACACGUCAUCAUCCACUUCACCAUCAGGCCACGUCGCUUGUAGUUCUAUUAAAUUAAUUAAUUUCACAGCUUCUUUAUUACUUCUUCGUCUACUUGUCUUCUUCUUCUUUCUUCCUCUACCACAGCUACCACAGCUGCUGCUGCUUCCAUGGAAGAGCUUCGAGUCCUCCUCGUGACGUUCCCAGGCCAAGGCCACAUCAAUCCAUCACUCCAGCUGGCCAAGCGCCUCGCCGCCGCGGGCCUCAAGGUCACCUUCCUCACCGCCUCCUCUGGCCUUACCCGCAUGAGCAAGGCCACCACGGCUACGCCGCCGGGCCUAACCUUCGCCGGCUUCUCAGACGGCGCCACCGCCAGCUUUAAAACCGCCGACGACGUCAACGACUACAUGGUUGAGCUGAGGCGGCUCGGCUCCAGGGCGGUGGAGGAUAUGAUCGCCUCCGCUGCGGCGAACGGCCAGCCUUUUGUCCACGUCGUCUACACCAUUCUUCUUCCUUGGGUGGGCCAAAUCGCUCGUGAUCUUAACAUUCCGUCCACAUUUCUGUGGAUUCAGCCCGCCGCCCUUUUCGGCGUUUACUACCAUUACUUGAACGGCUACGGCGACGCCAUCAGAGAGAAUGUCGUCGACCCGUCGUGGUCCAUCCACUUGCCGGGUCUGCCCCAACUCCAUAGCCGCGACCUUCCCUCUGUCAUAAAACCUUCAAACGUCUAUGACUUUGCAGUGCCGUUAGUCCAAGAGCAUCUAGAUUUUCUUGCUUCAGAAAAAAACCCAAAAAUUCUCAUCAACACCUUUGAUACAUUGGAACCGGAGGCACUGAAAGUCGUCGAGAACAUCAACCUGGUCACCGUCGGGCCGUUAAUCCCCUCGGCUUUCUUGGACGGGAAAGAUCCAUCCGACACUUCAUUCGGAGGAGACUUGUUUCAGAAAUCAGCAGAUCACUAUAUCGAAUGGCUGAAUUCGAAGCCGAAAGAAUCCGUUGUUUACUUGUCAUUCGGGAGCCUCUUGGUUCUAUCGAAUCGACAAACAGAGGAGAUUGCUCGGGGGCUAAUACAGAGCCGCCGGCCGUUCUUGUGGGUGAUGAGAAGAACGGAGAACGGCGAGAAGCAAGAAGACAAGCUGAGCUGCAAGGAGGAACUCGAAGAGCUUGGGAUGAUCGUGCCAUGGUGCUCGCAAGUGGAGGUUCUGCAACACCCAUCAUUAGGAUGUUUCGUGAGCCAUUGUGGCUGGAAUUCAUCAUUGGAGAGCUUGGUUUCCGGCGUCCCGGUGGUGGGUUUCCCACAGUGGUCGGACCAGGCGACGAACGCGAAGCUUAUUGAAGAUGUCUGGAAGACGGGGAUCAGAUUGACGGAAAACGAGGAAGGAAUAGUUGAAGGCGGUGAGAUCAAGAGGUGCAUAGAAAUGGCGAUGGAAGGGGAGGAGAUGAGAAGGAAUGCAAAAAAGUGGAAGGAUUUGGCUUUGGAAGCCGCCGGCGAAGGCGGAUCAUCGACCGUGAAUCUCAGGGCUUUUCUGGGUGAAAUCGAAGCCGGGGGAGAGCCGGAUGAGCCCUUUUUAUCUCCGUUAACAUUAUAAAUGAGUAAUGUUACAAAAUAAUCACUGUGACCGUAUCAUUACUUAUGAAUCAUAUUUCAAUUAAAAAAAUAUUGUUUGAAGUCA